ACCAGAGGCUCCUAGGACUGCAGAGUAAUUAGGGUGGAGGGGUCCCUCCUGGGGAUCAAUCCGCGACGUGAGUGAGGGGCGCUUCCUCCGUCACGCCCUCACCCAGCCCUGCGCUAGCCGCAGGCUGGUCCCCACGCCCCCUAACAGUUCCCUCGGCUUCCACGCUUCUGGACCGUUCGGGGCCCUCCCUCUCCACUGGCCUGGGUGCAUGGAUCCCGGUGCCCCGGCUCAGCGCCUCGGGGCGGGUCCCUGCCGCCCACACCUGCCCCCGGGGGCGGAGCGCAGCGGCGACAGCGCGGCCCCAGCCUCCGCCACUCGCUGAGCUAGCGGCGGACCUGCCGCUCACCGCGGUCGGGGUGAAGCUCUCUCUCCGCGCCCUCGGUCCCUGGCACUUGGGACUCGAGUCUCCAUCGCGGUUGGCUUCGCCUCGGGGGAUCUGCAGUCCCGGAGCCAUGGAGCCGGCCCCGGGCAGCGAGCGCCGCAGCCCCCCUGGCCCCGGAGUCCCGCGACCGCCACCGCGGGGCCACGCGCCCUCGACCGCCGCCCCGGCCCCCAGCCCGGCUCCGAUGAGCUCCUCUGUGCAGCCGGACGAGGAACGGCAGCCGCGGAUCAGCGAGAGCGGCCAGUUCAGCGACGGGUUGGAGGACCGAGGUUUACUAGAAAGCAGCACCCGGCUGAAACCUCACGAAGCCCAGAACUACAGGAAGAAGGCAUUGUGGGUAUCCUGGCUGUCCAUUAUUGUCACCCUGGCCCUGGCAGUGGCCGCCUUCACUGUCUCCGUCAUGAGGUACAGCGCCUCUGCCUUCGGGUUUGCAUUUGAUGCCAUCCUGGAUGUGCUGUCCUCGGCCAUUGUCCUCUGGCGUUACAGCAACGCAGCCGCCGUGCACUCUGCUCACAGAGAGUACAUAGCCUGUGUCAUCUUGGGGGUGAUCUUUCUUCUGUCAUCUAUAUGCAUAGUGGUCAAAGCCAUCCAUGACCUCUCAACCAGGCUGCUCCCUGAAGUGGAUGAUUUCUUGUUCAGCGUCUCCAUUUUAAGUGGGAUCCUUUGCAGUGUCCUGGCUGUGCUGAAGUUUAUGCUGGGGAAGGUCCUAACAAGCAGGGCUCUCAUCACGGACGACAUCUGUGCAUUGGGAUUACAGCUGUAUGCCGCCACACCUGGCCUUUUAUUCUAUGAAGGACCGAGCUGGAGCUGGUGAUGUAACCCAGUUUCUAGAGUGCUUAAGCAUCUAGCAUGCACAAGGCUUGGGGGUUGAACCUCGGUAGAGAUCAUCCGGGUGUAGGGGUGCACACCUGUCUGCCAUCCCAGCACUAGAAAGGCGGAGGCAGGAGGACCAUAAAUUCAAGGUUAUCCUUGGCUUCAUAGUUCAAGGGCCAGUACAGGCUACAUGAGACCCUGCCUCAAACACCAGUCAGAAUGGAUUGGAGGUUGAGACAGAAUCUUUCUCUGAGGGACAUAGCUGUGGCUCAAGUUCUUAAAUGAGAUCAACACAGGGACUGGUAGAGCCUUGGUGUCUCUAAGCUAUGGGUUCUGUGCCUGCCUCAUCCAGGUUUCACCACCUGGUGUCUGGGGGAGGUGUCCUAGUGUAGUGAAAACCACUGGCUGGGCUCCUGGGGUAAGGACAGCACAUGAAGUUUCACGGUCAUUGUCAAGGUGGGCACGUUAGUCUCCUAAGCUCUACUGCCUUACAGAGGUCUGGUGGCUCUAUGCCGUCGGCUGUCCCCACCUCCGCUGUGAGGAAGCCUGAGGCUUGCCUGUGGCCUGCCACAGUCCCCCAGAACCACCCAUGAUCAGGAAGACUAUGGCUGUGAUAAAAUAUCCAGACAAAAGCCAACUUAGGGGAGAAAGGUUAUCUGGCUUAUACUUCCAACGUCGUCUCCGGGAAGUCAAGGCAGGGAUCUGUAGCAGUUCACCACACAUGCAACGUCAAGGGCAGAGGGAAUGAACGCAUGCGCGCUUGUUAGAGAGCGACCAGCUUUCUCUACAUGGACGCAUGCGCGCUCAUGAGCGAGCGACCCAGCUUUCUCUACUCUCUGCAGCCAAGUGUCCGAAUCCAGGGAAUGGUGCCAUGCCCUUUCGUGUACUCUUCUCAUAAGAAUUAAGUCACUAGGAACAAUUCUCCACGAACCCACAGGGCAACCUGGUCCAGACCACCCCUCAUGGAGACUCCCUUGCCCAUGGAUGCUAGACUGUGUCAAGGUGACAGGGACCAUCACAGAGCAUCCCCUCAUCUCCCUGGACUGAGGUGCUUUGUGCCCGUGGGCGUGGUUUCCCCUUAACCUCAGAACUAUUUGAUACUGAGAUCCGUGUUUAGGCUUCGCUGAACCUCUGGUCCACACCCUUGUGCUGAGUAUCUCAGGGCACCGCACACGUCCUUUCCCUGGUAAUGGGGUGUGCGGUGAGGUGCCCGGAACUUCCAAGCUCAUGGCUAAGAAGGGAGAGAGGAGCCUUAACACCUGUUAGUUAUACUGAGAUUCUUGCUUUUCUGCUGGUGAGAGGCUUUCGCCCACUGGUUCUUAACCUGUGAGUCAAGAGGACCCCACAGGAGGGGUCAUGCAUCAGUUCUCCUACAUAUAAAAGAUUUACAUGAUGGCUCAUAACAGUAGUAAAAUUACAGUUAUGAAGCAGCAGCAAAAAAUAAUUUUAUGUUAGAGGGGGCAGUCACCAGGGUCUGUGGUAAAGGGUUGCGGGAUUAGGAAGGACGAGAACCACUGAUUUAUCCAGUUG